CCCCGGUCGACAACAUAGUCGCGAUGCUCUGCAUUACUGCUACGAGACUUAUACCGCGAUGAUUGUGGCUCUACUAUUACUACUCAUGGCAGCGUCGCUUUACGCCCUACGGCACUACCUCCCCUUGUGGGCGCAACCGAGUAGGAAAGAUGAGUCGCAAACCAUUUCCGAGCCCAGACAUAGAGAGAAUGGCCAAACUACCAGCCCGGGACGUGAAUCGAGUAAACAAGGAGAAGACAUAGCAGACGUUCCACGCAUUACAAAACCCGAAACCACACUCCAAGGCCAAGAAACACCCUCUCCGGAAACGACCCCGAAAGCGAACGCCCGAUCCGAUACAUCCAUAUCAAUCCCCUCCUUCUCCCUCGACUCAGGAGAUACCUCAGACGACGACGACGACGAAGAAGAAGAAGACAACCUCCCACCACCCUCCUUCCCAGCCCUCAACUCCGCCCAGCGCGCCUCCGCAACACCCCCCUCAUUCGCCCUCCCAUCAACAAAAGCAAGCCCACGACAGCCCACGCUCACCCACUCAACCCAAUCCAUGCCACCCCCUCCACGCCCCUUUCCAAAGCCACAAACACACACAAACAAAACAACCUCCCUCCGCAUACCCACAACCGGCCCCCUCCCCAACCGCGGCCCCCUCCCCAACCGCAGCCCGGCGCAAGCAAGCAGCAACCUAAACCUCCCCGUCAAACCCCCACCGCCCACCCCCAACGCCCGCCAAAAAGUCCUCCUCGAACCCGGCCACUCGCCCCUCGACUGGGCCAACCUCGUCAAAUCAGGCAAGAAUCUCUCCGGCGUAAGCACGCUCACGCUCGUCACGCCCGCGCAGCUCAAGCACAACAACGGCCGCAAGGACAGGCCGGCGUGGUCGGUGUGGCAAGGCAAAGUGUACAACAUCACGCCCUAUCUGCCGUUUCACCCGGGCGGUAAAGGCGAGCUGAUGCGGGCGGCGGGGAAAGAUGGGACGAGGCUGUUUAUGGAUGUGCAUCCGUGGGUGAAUUGGGAUAAUAUGCUGAGUGAGUGUGUGGUGGGCAUUUUGGUUGGGGAGAGUGAGGGUGCUCGGGGGCGGGUGGAGGCGAGUUUGGAUGAUAUGGAUUGACUGGCUGGCUGGCUGGCUGGCUGGCUGGCUGAAGGAGGGAAGUCCGUUGUGGUUAGAGAUAUACCCCCGCCAACUCCCCAACCCCACAACUUCUAAAUAGACAUGUGGAUUGGUAGAACGUGGGCAUUGUAUGCCGUGGUUAGCGAACAGGCGCUUAGUUAGAUAUCGAUCAGUUCGUUACGUUGUACCUGUCUUGGUCCUUGAAUACUGCCGGUCAGGGUAUAUAUAUAUCUCUUGCGAUGUAGUCUUGAAAGGUAGCACCCUCCCAUAACCUCGAGUCCAUCCUCAGACCCCUGGAAGCAGUAAAGAAAGGAAAACCUUUUCACACGAACCCGCUGCUUAGGUUAGUUAUCAUGUGUAGAAACUCGAUGAAUCUGUUAUUACUAGUUGCGGAUAUACGAGUAGCCAGCGC